AGCAGCUAUCAAGAUUAUCAGAUUUCUUUGCUCCAGAAUAUGAUGAUGUUGAAUAUCCUCAGGGGCCGGAGAUUACUCUACCACCAUUCAACUAUGUACACGACUGCGCAAAAAACGGGUGCCAGCUUUGCACUAUUUUAAUGAUUACGGCGGAUGCCUCCCACAUGCCUCCACAAUCACUACAGUAUAACCCUAUGAAGCUUCGGCGAGCCGCCCUCGACCCGCGCCAAGGCGUAUGUUUGUUUAUUGGCGAUUCUAUACUCGGUAAUGACAUUUCAAUGACAUACUUUUAUCGCGUGCCAGGAUCGUGGUGCACACUUCCUCCAGCUCAGCUGGAGAAAAUGAAUGAUGAGCUUCAAGUGAUGCGAAUGUGGCUCUACGAUUGCCUUCACAAUCAUUCAGACUGCAAACGCAAUGAGCAGAGCCAAACGCCAGCCAGGCUUCUUGACUUGAAGGCAUUUGGGCCCUCAACGGAUAUCAAGCUUGUGGAAACCAGCCGCGAACAAGAUUGUUCUACUUAUGUGGCUUUGAGCCAUUGCUGGGGAUAUCCUUCGAAACAACCAAUCCGGACUACUCUGGAGACACUGGCGCAGCGCAAAGAGCGCAUCGAUUAUGAAAAACUAUCGAAAACUUUCCAAGAUGCUGUCACCACCACAAGAGAUCUCGGAGAACGGUAUCUUUGGAUUGAUUCCCUAUGCAUCAUACAAGACGACGCGCAAGACUGGGAAAGAGAAGCCUCCAACAUGCCUGCAGUUUACGGCGGCUCGUUGUGCACUCUCGCUGCCUUAAGCUCACAAGACGGCUCUGAAGGCUGCCGUGUUAAUGGCGGCAACAAUAGCACGAAAAAGAGACUUCGAUAUGUCGACGUUGCCCUCAAGGACCGUGUCAUUCGCUUCUUUGAGAAUAAGCCGCGUCAGUGGCGCAAAGAAUACGGAGACAAUCCAUACCAUCAUGGGAAGUUUGGUGACAAUCCUCUACGGGGCAGAGCAUGGACACUUCAAGAGAGAGAAUUAUCCCAAAGGAGCAUUCAUUUUUCGCGCAACAUGCUGCUAUGGGAAUGCGCGACGACCAAAGGGACCAUGGAGCUCCCUUGGCAAGAGAUAGAAAUCCAAAGUACGGACAACCCCUCACCAUGGCCAAUUCGCAACGACCUUUCCGAAACCGCAGCAGAUGAUGGAGCAGAAGUUGGCCGAGACGGAUGGUACAGCACCGUGGAGGAGUAUUCGUCCAGGUUCCUGACCAAAGAGACGGAUAAGCUGCCCGCGCUUUCCGGGCUCGCUUUCAAGUAUUCCAGAAACCACGACCCUGGCCAGUACAGCGCUGGCAUCUGGACACGGCACAUGCCCGGAGCCCUGUUGUGGAAGACGCGGCCGCGCCAUUCCCCCACUGAUGUAAAAACUCGCUUGUACGCGGCGUUCCAUCCGCGCAGGCCAAUGUCGUACAGAGCUCCCAGCUGGGCCUGGACGCCUCUGGAUGCCAUUGUGUCGUAUGAAAGCCAACGGCUUGGUGCUCAGGGUUCAAGGCCAGAGUUAGACCGUGCUGAAUGCGAUUUCGGAAGCUUCAAAGUUCUCGACUUACGCACAGAGCUUGCUGCUAAUGAUCCUUUCGGGUCGAUCGCUUCUGCUGAGUUGCAGGUAGAGGGGUGCAUUGCGCCGGCCAGAUUCAGCUUCGAGGCCCCCGACGGCUGCAAAGCUCCGGAUAAUCCUGAUGACGGUUGGGGGUGGAUCUUGGGUCGGGAUGGGUCUGCAGCGGGUAUUUUUUACCCCGAUAUCAGCACAGAGAUGCAGUUCUUGGACGAAAUCUUUUGCGUGAGUUGUCGUGGAGAGCCCGAAUGGCCUGAUGAACGUUUGAUUCCCUCCGAGCUGCAAGAGCUGGUUUUCAAGUGGUUGUCUCCAGAUACUAAACAUGAUCUGGUCAUGGGUCUUGCCCUUCUACCGGAGCUGAACAGUGUAUGUACGUAUCGAAGAGUAGGGUUGAUUCGUUGGGUCAAGAGGUCGUUGUUCGCGGAUGUCCAGCCUACUAGAGUAACGCUUAUCUAGGAUAGUAGUGGAAUUGUUGGGCAUCUAAUCUAGCAUUUGGAUGACAAUCCAUACAUCAGGAUUGAAGAGCGUUUUCAUAUUCCCAUGGCGGAUGAUACUCCGUAGAAACGAAAGAAUGUCAAAUCACCCU